AAUUGUUAAACAGCACGACGUCGGGUUGGUAUAAAAGGACUGAGCGGGUGAAUGCGUGUACUUCGAGACGACAGGUAUAAAUCGUAUCACAUCACAGAAGCUAAGCAUGGAGUUCUUGAAAGUCCUCGUGGUUUUGAUCGUAGUUUUGCACGGUUCGCUAUCAAAGCCGGCGAGUUCCGAGGAUGAACUACGUGUCAUCGUCGGAAAACUAGAGAGGCUCGCAGCAAGCUUAAGACAGUAUGUGGUUGACGGUAGUAGGCCCGAGAAUUCUAUGAGCAGUAUCGUGCCACUGAGCAGGUCUACGCCAGAAUUCCCUAUCCCAGGUACCAAACCACUCGGGCUUUGGGGGCUCGAUAACGACGAAUUUGACCCCUCUUCUCCAACACACAAAUGGCUCUACAAAAUGCUCGGAAAGCUUAUGAAGCCAUACUUCAGCAGUUUCCCAAGUGGACCAUAUUCAUCGGAGAUGCAGUUAACACAACGUAAUGUUGUUGCAAUGCUGAAUGUAUGGUACGACAACGAUGACCAAAUGAUAACCAAAGAGGAUUCAUUCUUUAACGUAGCCAGAGAGCUCUUGGAUGCCCAUUUCCACUGUGCAACGACAAGAUUCAACCAAAUUGUUUUCUAUGUUUUCAACGACCAAGUACGUGCAAUGGCCGAAGAUGACGGGAAAAUUAACAUUCACGUGAGGAAAGUUUUGGGGAAUUGGAUAACAGAUUUGGCCGUUGUGGACAAAGUCGCCCAUAAAAUUGUUAUGGCAGCCCAGAGACUUCUCUACGGGGACAUUAUGGAACACAUUGAAUAUUUUCAACUUAAUGAUAUCAUGGGAUUCCUUGCAAAAAUGAAAAUGCUGAUGAGGAAAGCUGAGCAGGAUAAAUGGACACCAGUCAUGUUCGAUGAGAAACUCGGUCAACUUUUGACGGACAAUGACCUUGUCUUUCAAUGUCCAAAUGUGAAUGGUCUAUGGAAAUUCCACCAAACAAUUGCUAGCCGUUUUCAAGAGAGGUUAUCCGAAACCAAGCCCUUCAUUGAGACGGAGGCCUGGCUAAGGAAAGUCCUACCCGCAUACAUGACUACAGACGCCACCCCUGCCAUUACUGCCAUCCUACAAGUGUACAAGGACUAUGCCAAGUCGGCCAUGUUGCAGUUAAAACAAGUGGAGAAGCACGUGACCACCGGAAAUACGGCCGACAUCACAAAUUUCAUGUCCCAAUUUCUCGCACCACAUCAGCUCCAGUAUUUGCAGUCCAUCUUUGAAUUCCUAAAUACUGGGAAUACCCGCAACAUCAUGGAAAUGGGACAGAUAAGGAACAGAAAUACCGGUAACAGACGUUCCAACGGUAGAUGUACCGAAUUCAACGGGGAGUGUAGGUAAAACGGACGCCUGGACCGCAUGAUGCAAGGGGUAUCGACGUGGGAUAUAUGAACUGUGUGAAAAACAUCGACCCUUUCGUAUAGUGCUUUCAAAAACUUCUUUGCUUUGAAAAAUAAAAUACCAUAUACCAAA